CUCCUCGCCUUCCUGGUAUGAGCAGAAGAGCCACAGAAGUAGACGGAACAUCCGCAGUUGCUUAAAAACACCCAGGAGUUGACAGAUGAUGGACAGGAAACAGACAGCCGAGACCCUGAUGUCCCUGUCACCUGCUGAAGUUGCCAACCUCAAAGAAGGAAUCAAUUUUUUCCGAAAUAAGACUACUGGCAAAGAGUACAUCUUGUACAAGGAGAAUGGCCACGUAAAGGCAUGCAAGAACCUCUGCAAGCACCAAGGAGGCCUGUUCAUGAAAGAUAUCGAAGAUUUACGUGGAAGGUCCGUUAAAUGCACCAAGCACAACUGGAAGUUAGACGUGAGCACCAUGAAAUACCUCAACCCUCCAGGAAGCUUCUGUCAGGAUGAGCUGGUUGUCGAGAUGGAUGGAAACAAUGGGCUUUUCCUUGUAGAACUGAACCCUCCUAACCCCUGGGACUCUGACCCCAGGACUCCUGAAGAGUUAGCUUUUGGGGAAGUUCAGAUAACCUAUCUCACGCAUGCCUGCAUGGACCUCAAGUUGGGAGACAAGCGGAUGGUGUUUGACCCAUGGCUAGUUGGCCCUGCUUUUGCCCGAGGAUGGUGGCUGCUACAUGAGCCUCCACCUGACUGGCUGGAGAGGCUGUGCAAGGCAGACCUCAUUUACAUCAGUCACAUGCACUCAGACCACCUGAGUUACCCAACACUGAAGCAGCUUUCCCAGAGGCGACCAGACAUUCCUGUUUAUGUUGGUGACACAGAGAGGCCUGUGUUCUGGAAUCUGGAUCAGAGUGGCGUCCGGUUAACUAACAUCAACGUGGUUCCAUUUGGGAUGUGGCAGCAGGUAGACAAAAAUCUCCGGUUCAUGAUCUUGAUGGACGGCAUUCACCCCGAGAUGGACACAUGCAUCAUUGUGGAGUACAAAGGUCAUAAAAUACUCAACACAGUGGACUGCACUAGACCCAACGGGGGAAGGCUGCCUGAGAAAGUGGCUCUGAUGAUGAGUGAUUUUGCUGGAGGAGCAUCAGGCUUUCCAAUGACUUUCAGUGGUGGAAAAUUUACUGAGGAAUGGAAAGCCCAGUUCAUUAAAGCGGAAAGAAGAAAGCUGCUGAACUACAAAGCUCAGCUGGUGAAGGACCUGCAGCCCCGAAUCUACUGUCCGUUUGCUGGGUACUUCGUGGAGUCUCACCCAUCUGACAAGUAUAUUAAGGAGACGAACAUCAAAAAUGACCCAAAUCAGCUCAACAAUCUCAUCAAGAAAAACUCUGACGUGGUGACAUGGACGCCACGACCUGGAGCUACCCUUGACCUGGGCAGGAUGCUGAAGGACCCAACGGACAGCAAGGGCAUCGUGGAGCCUCCAGAAGGGACGAAAAUUUACAAGGAUUCCUGGGACUUUGGCCCAUACCUGCAGAUCUUGAAUUCUGCUGUCGGAGAUGAAAUCUUCCUUCACUCAUCCUGGAUAAAAGAGUACUUCACUUGGGCUGGAUUUAAGAAUUACAACCUGGUGGUCAGGAUGAUUGAAACAGACGAAGACUUCAGCCCCUUUCCUGGAGGGUAUGACUACCUGGUGGACUUCCUAGAUUUGUCUUUUCCAAAAGAAAGGCCUAGCCGGGAGCAUCCCUAUGAAGAGAUCCGCAGCCGCGUGGAUGUCAUCAGGCAUGUGGUGAAGAAUGGCCUGCUGUGGGAUGACCUGUACAUCGGAUUCCAGACCAGACUACAGCGGGAUCCGGACACAUACCAUCAUCUGUUUUGGAAUCAUUUUCAGAUAAAACUCCCUCUAACACCACCCAACUGGAGGUUAUUCCUGAUGCACUGUGGUUAAACUGAGCCUGGCAUGCCCCACGUAAGUGCCAUGUGGAGCUGGUAGACUCUAGCCAUGUAUCUUAUG